AUGGCUACUUUCUGGAAUUACUUCCGUAUGCUUCUCAAUUACGUGGAGAAUACAAAGUCGGCGGAACACGUGUACGGACCAGCGUCCAAGACACGCUACAGCGAGGACUGCCUUUACCUCAACGUGUGGAGCCCCGUCCAACCCUGCGACUACACGAGCAGCUCGUGUGCGCCGUCCGUCCCUGUGCUCGUGGUACUAUUCAGCGUGGGCUUCUCUCAGGGAGGCGCCGACUGGUACGACGGCUCGCUGCUCGCAAAGAAACAACCACAUGAUGUGCCGCUGCUGUCGCUGGCGGACCAGUUGCUCGCGAUAAAAUGGACGUGGCAUAACAUCAAGUAUUUCGGUGGCAACACCAGCCAGAUAAACUUGCUGGGUGCUGGAGGCGGAGCUUGGACCGCUGGCGAGAUGUUGUUCUCGAACCGCGAAAACGUUCGGGACAUCAUCCAGCGUGUCGUCCUUCAUGGUGGUUCACCGCUGCAAAGGCAAGUAGCGGUGUGA